AUGGAUCCGAAGAUGACGGAGGUGACCCAGAUGUUCGCCCGCUUCAAGGCGGCAUACGCCCGCAACGACCUCGACGCCUGCGUCACCCUCCUCUCGCAGCUCAAGGUCCAUCUCACCAAAUUCCCCAGCCUUCCGCCCUCGUUUCAGCAGACACCGAACGCCGUGGAGGAGCUCAAACUUGCAAGGGAUAUUUAUGAGCAUGCUGUUGUUUUGAGUGUGAAACUUGAGGACCAAGAUGCAUUUGAACGCGAUUUCUGCCAGCUCAAGCCUUAUUACAUGGAUACAUGUGGCAUAAUUCCCCCAUCAGCAGAGGAGUACCCAAUUUUGGGACUCAAUCUUCUGAGGCUGUUGGUUCAGAAUAGAAUUGCCGAGUUCCACACUGAGCUGGAACUUCUACCUGUCAAGGCACUUGAGCAUCCUUGCAUCAAGCAUGCGGUAGAGCUUGAGCAAUCCUUCAUGGAGGGUGCCUACAACAGAGUGUUAAGCGCUCGGCAGGCUGUGCCACAUGAGACCUACGUUUACUUCAUGGACCUUCUUGCCAAAACAGUUAGAGAUGAGAUCGCUGGGUGCAGCGAAAAGGGGUAUGAUUCCCUAUCUGUAAGUGAUGCAAAGCAAAUGCUUAUGUUCAGUUCUGACCAAGAUCUGCACGAGUACAUCACAGAGGAGCACCCGGAAUGGGAAAUUACGAACGGUGCUGUCUUCUUCCAGAAGGCGAAGGAGUCGCAGCCCUGCAAGGAGAUCCCAUCCUUGCAGCUCAUCAACCAGACGCUCAGCUACGCAAGGGAGCUGGAGCGUAUUGUAUGA